AUGGCACCGAAAGCUAGUGAAAAGGCCGUUAAGAAAUCCGGCAAAGCUCAGAAGAACAUUGUGAAGGGAGACAAGAAGAAGCGCAAGCAACGCCGUAAGGAAAGCUACGCUAUCUACAUCUAUAAGGUGUUGAAGCAAGUUCAUCCGGACACCGGAGUCUCGUCGAAGGCUAUGAGCAUCAUGAACAGUUUUGUCAACGAUAUCUUCGAACGUAUUGCUGCCGAAGCUUCUCGUCUGGCUCAGUACAACAAGCGUUCUACGAUCACUUCUCGCGAAAUUCAAACAGCCGUUCGUCUGCUGCUGCCAGGAGAGUUGGCAAAACAUGCCGUAUCGGAAGGUACCAAGGCUGUUACCAAGUAUACAAGCUCCAAGUAA